GCGGACAUGUUGGUCAGGCAGUGGGAGAAAAUCGGGCACCUCGUUUUUUUGUUUUUGUUUUUUAAACUAGCACCGAUUAAAGCCUGAUUUAUGCGUAUUGUUACAACCUCAUGGAUUACAUGCUCUUUGGGAAACUUAAAGCUGUCCUGCGGACCACUAGAGAUUAAACGCAGAAGGAUUUACCAAAGCUCGUUUUAACCAGGAUCGUGUUUUUACUGAUCGAAAUUUGCAAGGCGAAAUUUUUUUCGCCACUUCUUUGCAGCUGUCAGACUCGUUUGGCCUGGCACUCAUUUAUAUGGACACAGGCCUGGAGAAACGAACUUCAUGUGGCCGCAUACUAACAUUGCAACACUUAUUUUAUCACGCACUUGUGCGUAAAUGUGAUCAACUUGUAUGUUUUUAAGACUUCUGAUCCCCUCAUUCCUCCUGAAGCUAAAUUAGCUUAGCACAGUAUAAUCUGUUGCUGCUACUUUUUGUGUUUGUUUGCUAAAUUGUCAUGGACUAAUCCAGACAUCUCGUUAUGUUGUUGUUGUUUUGAUUUUUCUUGAAAAUGUGGCUUUUUAUCAACUCUCGGUCUUUUAUACGUUUCAGCGAGAGUGAUAACAAGGCUGUAAGACACAAAACGUUGCUUUGAUAAGACUAGUGUUUAUUGCUUUGUGAGGGCAGAGGAAGUUAGCGAGCUAACUCGCUAAAUUUAGCCGGAUAAACUCAUAUCUCUUGAAUUAAACUCAUCCGACAAGUAAUCAACAUGUCUGCUGGAGAAAGUUUGACAGCUCGUUUCGAGAAGAUCGAUGCCAUGCUGAAGGAUCCCAAAUCAGAGAUCAACACAGACUGUCUGCUGGACAGUUUGGAUGCUCUGGUCUACGACCUUGAUUUUCCAGCCUUGAGGAAAAACAAAAGCAUUGAUAACUUCUUAAAUAGAUAUAAGGACACAAUCAGCAAAAUUCGAGAGCUUCGAAUGAAAGCAGAGGACUAUGAAGUGGUUAAGGUCAUUGGCAGAGGGGCAUUUGGAGAAGUGCAACUGGUGAGGCACAAAGCCACGAGGAAAGUGUACGCCAUGAAGCUGCUCAGCAAGUUUGAGAUGAUCAAGAGGUCGGACUCCGCUUUCUUCUGGGAAGAGAGGGAUAUUAUGGCCUUUGCCAAUAGUAGCUGGGUAGUACAGCUGUUUUAUGCAUUCCAAGAUAACCGCUACCUCUACAUGGUGAUGGAGUACAUGCCAGGUGGAGACCUGGUGAACCUAAUGAGCAACUAUGACGUUCCUGAAAAAUGGGCGCGUUUCUACACUGCUGAAGUGGUGCUGGCACUGGACGGCAUCCACUCUAUGGGCUUCAUUCACAGGGAUGUGAAGCCUGACAAUAUGUUACUAGACAAAUCAGGCCACUUGAAGCUGGCUGACUUUGGGACUUGCAUGAAAAUGAACAAGGACGGUAUGGUACGAUGUGACACAGCAGUAGGAACUCCAGACUAUAUUUCUCCAGAGGUACUGAAGUCACAGGGUGGAGACGGCUACUAUGGCCGAGAGUGUGACUGGUGGUCUGUAGGGGUCUUUCUGUAUGAGAUGCUAGUUGGUGACACACCGUUCUAUGCCGACUCACUGGUGGGCACCUACAGCAAGAUUAUGAACCACAAAAACGCCCUGACCUUCCCUGAUGACAGCGACAUCUCCAAGGAUGCAAAAAACCUCAUCUGUGCUUUCCUCACGGACAGGGAGGUGCGGUUGGGACGCAAUGGAGUGGACGAAAUCAAGCGACAUCCGUUUUUCAAGAAUGACCAGUGGGCUUGGGAGAACCUCAGAGACGCUGCUGCUCCAGUUGUGCCAGAGUUGAGCAGUGACAUAGACACAAGUAACUUUGAUGACAUUGAGGAGGAUAGGGGUGAGGAGGAGACGUUCCCCAUUCCUAAAGCUUUUGUUGGCAACCAGCUUCCGUUUGUGGGCUUCACCUACUACAGCAAUAACCAGUUUCCUCGGGAAUCAACCACAAAGACAAGUGUCAAAAGCAGUUCGGCUAAAGAGGAUAAGAGUCAGCUGGAGAAUCUUCAGAAGAGGAUCUAUCAGCUAGAAGAACAACUUCACAGUGAGAUGCAGCUGAGAGACGAGAUGGAACAAAAGUGCAGAACAUCCAACACAAAACUAGACAAGAUAAUGAAAGAGUUAGAUGAGGAGACUAGCCUGAGGAAGAGUGUGGAGGCUAACAUGUCUUCACUGGAGAAAGAUAAAAUCAUGAUCCAGCACAGAGCAACAGAACACCAGAGGAAAGCUGACCAGGAAGCCGAAAAACGACGAAAUCUGGAGAAUGAAGUGUCAACUUUAAAAGAGCAGCUGGAAGACUUGAGGAAGAUUAGCCAAAACAAUGACAAGAUUGCCCAGCUCCAGAACCAACUGGGGGAUGCCAACGAUCUUCUGCGGGCUGAGUCGGACACGGUGGCACGUUUGCGGAAAAGUCACACAGAGAUGGUGAAAUCUGUGAGUCAGCUGGAGGGAGUGAACCGCGAGCUGCAGGAGAAGAGCCGCGCUGCAGAAAGCGCCAAACAACAGCUGGAGAAAGAGCUGCUGCAGCUGCAGACCACGCUAGACACCGAAAAACGCACCUGCAGCCAGGGCUCCGAGGAGAUCCGAGAACUGCAAGCUCGUGUCACAGGUCUGCAGGAGGACAACAAGAACUUGAAGCAGAGUCUUUCUAAAGUGGAACUGGAGAGGAAACAAGUCCAGGAGAGAUGUAACACCCUUGAAAAGGAGAAGAACAGUCUGGAAAUCGACCUGAAUUACAAGCUGAAGACUCUGCAGCAGCGUCUGGACCAGGAACUGACUGAGCACCGCGUAACCAGAGCUCAGCUCACAGACAAAUACGAGUCCAUCGAGGAGGCAAAGUCAGCUGCUAUGCAUGCGGUGGAGCAGAAGGUAUCUGAGGAGACCAUGCUGCGGAUGCGGGUAGAGAGCCGGGUUGUGGAGGUGGAGAAGCAGUGCUCAAUGCUAGAGUUUGACCUCAAGCAGUCUGUUCAGAAGAUGGAGCAGCUGAUGAAGCAGAAAGAGAGAUUGGAGGACGAGGUGAAGGCUCUGCGAGUGCAUUUGGAGCAGGAGUCUGGGAAACGAUCUCUUGCCCAGAACGACCUGAAGAGCUGGGCAAUGGAGGCCGAUCGGCUGAAGGGAUCAGAGAAACAGCUUAAGCAAGAGAUCAAUGCCGCCCUAGAGAACAAACGCUCCCUCGAGUUCCAGCUCGCACAGCUCACCAAGCAGUACAGAGGGAAUGAAGGUCAGAUGAGGGAACUUCAAGACCAGCUGGAGGCUGAGCAGUAUUUCUCAACACUCUAUAAAACUCAGGUGAAGGAGCUGAAAGAGGAGAUUGAGGAGAGGAACCGACAAAUCCAGGAGACUCAUAGAAAAGUCCAGGAUCUGUACUCUGAGAAGGAGUCGCUCUCUGCUCAGUUGGAUCUUACUGUGACGAGGGCUGAGUCGGAGCAGUUGGCCCGGGCACUAGAGGAGGAGCAGUAUUUUGAGAUCUCUCAGGAGAACAAGAAAGCUGCCGCUCGCUACAAACAAGAGAUCUCUGAUAAGGACUCAACCAUCAUGCGGCUUGAGGAAUCUAAUAAAACCCUUACCAAAGACGUGGAGAUCCUCACCAAGGAGAAGACGGAGUUGAGUGAGAGAAUCCGAGCUCAAGAAGAGGAGUUUGCAGCAGUGAAGGAGGAGGUGGAGAACACAGUCAAGGCGAUCUAUGAAAAGGCUCUUAACAAUGAAAGAACUUUGAAGACCCAGGCGGUGAAUAAGCUGGCGGAGAUCAUGAACCGUAAGGACAUGAAGCUGGACCAGAAGAAGAAAGGCAGCACCACUGACUUGCGCAAGAAAGAGAAGGAGAAUCGCAAACUGCAGCUGGAGCUCAACCAGGAGAAGGAGAAGUUCAAUCACAUGGCCAUCAAGUACCAGAAGGAGCUUAGCGAGAUGCAAGCGCAAUUGUCAGAAGAGUGCACGUAUCGCAAUGAGCUGCAAAUGCAGUUAGACAGUAAAGAGAGUGACAUUGAGCAACUUCGUGAGAAACUGAACGAUCUGCAGCUCCGCAUGGACAGCUCCAGCGUAACGAGCUUGCAGACAGAUGAAAUGGACUGCAACAUCGCCGAAUCAAGGCUUGAAGGUUGGCUCUCAAUACCUAAUAAGCCCAACAUUAAAAGAUAUGGCUGGAAGAAGCAGUAUGUUGUUGUAAGCAGUAAGAAAAUACUGUUUUAUAAUGAUGAGCAAGACAAGGAGCAGUCCAACCCCUCUAUGGUACUAGAUAUUGACAAACUGUUUCAUGUACGUCCUGUCACACAAGGCGACGUGUAUCGAGCUGAGACAGAUGAAAUUCCCAGAAUAUUUCAGAUCCUUUAUGCCAAUGAAGGGGAGUGUAGGAAAGAAGCAGAGAUGGAGAGCGUUCCUCAGGGCGAUAAAGCCAAUUGCUUGCCCCACAAAGGUCACGAGUUCAUCCCCACCCUCUACCAUUUCCCCUCUAACUGUGAGGCUUGCUCCAAACCGCUGUGGCACGUGUUCAAGCCCCCGCCAGCCCUGGAAUGCCGCAGAUGCCAUGUCAAGUGCCACAAAGACCAUCUGGACAAGAAGGAGGAUGUUAUCGCCCCCUGCAAAGUGAAUUACGAUGUUACGUCAGCUCGAGACAUGCUGCUUCUGGCUUUGUCUCAAGAUGAGCAGAAGAAAUGGAUCGGGCAUCUCGGCAAGAAGAUCCCUAAGACUCCACCUUCAAACUUUUCGAGGGCAUCUCCACGCACCAUGUCCACUCGCUCCGUAGCAAACCAGUCUUUCCGCAAGAACCCCAAAAACAACCCAGGCAAGCCAAGCAGGGCGCAGUCCAUUCUCCAAGCUGCUGACACAACAUCCAGUACAUGCUGACAACAACAUGCAGCUGCUCCAGACCUUAAUUUUCUCAUGGUGUCUUCAGUCUAGUCGUUCUUCCAUGUUUGUCUAGUGCAUUCAUUAACAGUGUUUAAGGUUGAGGUUGACUGUGGUGACUUGUCCUCUUGUGGGAUGGCUUUUUUCUGUUUACUCUGGGGUUUUGUGCACCAGAAUGGCACAUUCUGUCCUUAAACAACUUAACCAUCUUUGGGACCAUUAAAAGGGAAGUUACUGUAGACUACUGCAGGCUUGGCUUUAAAACAGAUUUUUUUUAGUCUGUAUUCUUCCAUUUUGGUCUGUAAGAAAAUGUGCUCUUGUGCACCCCCAAAUUGUCAAUUGGCAUUCAACCCAACGCUCUUCAAAUCUGCACAUUUGCACUCAUUUGUCAAAAAUACCACAAGUUCAGGUUUCCAUUUGCCAUUGUGGAGCUCAUAUUUUCACUACAAAUGGAGUCUAAAGUAAUGUCAACAUAAACUCAAAACAUGAAUCAAGAUGUAAUGUGAUGUAGAUGUUACUUCCUUGUUUAUAUACUUUGGUAUCAAAUUAAGGGACAUGGGUUAAUUUCACGAAACCUGUCAAGAAUACGGUCGGCUCAUAUUUCACCCUCAAUCCUUAUCAGAAAAAAGAAGAAAUUCAUAUAUAUAUAUGUCAUAUCUAUCUAUAUAUCUAUAUAUAUAUAUUCAUUUUUAUUGUAAUUGUUUAAAGCCUAUUUUUAGGACCAAAAAAAAAUUGCAUUGUAAGAUUAUUUUGAUAAUAAAUAGUCAUUCUCAUUACCAUAAUGCAAAAAAUUAAUAAUAAUUCUCAUUAUUGUGAAAAAAGUUAUAAUAUAUUUGCAUGGUAAAACAUGGCAUUAUUUGUUGUACUGCCUUUAAUUUAUGCAAAUUUAAAUACAAAAUAAUUGUAUUACAAUCAUUUUUAAGUAACAUAAUAAUACAUCGAUGUAUUUCAGAAAACAAACUUGUGAAUUAGAAUUUGGGGGGUGGGGAAAAUGUACUUAACUGUCAUGAAAAUGAUCUUACAGUGCAAAAUGUUUAAUAGUACCAAAUAUGGGCUUCAUUUAAGCAAAAUAUAAUUUCAUAAUUUUUUUCUUCUUGAUUUUGGGGGUGAAAAGUUGACCUGUACAUUUUUCGUGAGAUUCGUCUGGGUUAUCUAACUUGAGAUGUGUGUUGAAUUUUGGAUCACAACAUGAAAAGCACUAUAGUAACCAUACGAUCCCAAAUUCAAACUUCAUUACAAAACCUUACAAAACAUACACUGGACAUUUCUUUUUCUUCUUUCUUCCAGCUAACCAUCUCAGCCAUUGGAUUGAAUUGGGACUUUUUGUUUUCCUCUCAGAAAAAAACAACAAAAAAAACAUUAUACAUAUUAAACAAAAAAAUUGUAAACAAAAUUUGGAAUUAACCUUAAAGUUACAUUUCACAAUUUAAUUAAACAAAACAGACAGUAAUUGGUGCUGAAAUUCAGGAUUCACCCAUCACGAGGCAUCGUGGACAUUUUAAGGCCUUCUUUUCUGCCCUGUCCUCUCAAUAACACUGCUCCACCCCAUGACUUCCCAGAAGAACGCUUGGACGUCUUUUUUUUCUACUUCUUUUUCUUUUAUUUACAACAUGGGAAGGAAACAAUAAGCUGCUCACAAGCCCAUGUCUCUCUGUUUGGACUCGGAACUUCUGGGAUUGGGACCAUAGCUUGAUUCCAUGGUGAAAGGGUACAUUUUGGGGAAUUAACUGUAAGAAGUCUUUGGGGACAAUCAUUCUGAUUUGCAAAGUAUUUCCACUUAAAUGGACUUUGAUGCCUUCCUCUGAUGGACUCUGGUUGCCUUAUUCUCUCCCUCAAAGUCUGAAUGAAAAAGAAAUCUGUUUGGGGCAAAGUAUUGGGUACUGUGAGCUUUGAGGGGUUUCCUUUUCGAGGAGCAUGCAAGAUCAUUACAGUCUAUGCAUAAUAUUAUCGCAUUUGUCAUUAUCAUUAUUAUUGUUUUUGGAGGCUCCAAGCCAUAGGAAUACCAUCAUAAUGGCAUCAGGAGAUAUAAAAUGUCAUAGAAACCAUUGAAAAGUCUUUUUUGUGUGUGUUCAUUGGGUACAUUGUUUCUGUAAUAUGUUUUGUUUAUCUUUUUUGUAAUGUAUUGCCUUACAUUUGAUUCAUAGAUAAAUGGUUCAAAAAGGAAAACAUUAAGUUAACAAAUGUAAAACUGCACUGUUUGAAUUGUAAGUUAUUUGUAGAAGACUAAACAGGUGUAGCAUUUGGCUCACCUAGUGCCUUUUGGAUAACGAUUUUACUGCCAUAUCUGUUUGUGUUUCUCUCCAAAAACAAGACAAAUAUUAACUAUAAUCAUCCUUUGAAAACAUAAAAGAAACAUAUCUACCGCGUCAUGAUUUUAUUCGAACAAUCCACUCUAUCGCAUUAAACGUUGUCAACCAAAGUUCGAGUUCAUUAUUAAGCAUUCUGCAUGAUGCAACAUGAUGAAGGCAUGACGACCUACUUUUCUCUAAUCUCAAAAUAUAUAAAAGCAGUUCACUUUCCCACCUUCCCCUUUAAACCGUCUCCUUCAGUGUACAAUAUAUGAAACGAGAUCAUGAAUACCUCCCGAAUUAUCCAACAUGGUUUUUACAUAUGUGUUCAGUUAAUUAAGCACUGGAACUAUGAUCUGUUUUGUCUUGGUUGAAUUGCAUGUUAAAUUGUAUUGGAGGCCGCACUGAUGGAUAUGUGUCAAUAAACAUAUCUUUAUCUAU